AUGUCUCUCCUUCCCUUUCCAAGUGACGUCCAUCAUCUAGUCCUCGGUAUUAGGGGAACCAAGAUGUCUUGCUUCAAUAGCUUGCCUCAAGAGCUGGUCGAUUCCAUUGUAGAUUUCUUAAUCAAUGAUCCUGAAUCCCUUAGGGCCUCCUCUCUUGUCUGUCAUUCUCUUCUCUAUCGAACCAGAACCCAUCUUUUCCGUCAAUUACGCAUCUGGAACUUCCAGCACUUUCACAAAUUUCGCCACAUGUGCCAGUCAUCUCCUCAUAUACUUCCCCAAGUCAAGACAUUGAUCCUUCACGGUGGUGGGGAAGAUCAGAUACGAGACUCCAAGCACAUUGCUGCUGUGAUAUCGUCGUUCUCCCGCUUACAAGAAAUAAAGUUCAUCUUCGUCAAUUGGGCAUUGCUGCCCCAAGAUAUGCGGGUGGCCCUGUCUUCUCAUGCCUACCGGUACAUCGGUUUUUAUCUCGUAAAAGGGGUCAACGCGUCCGACUUCCACAGCCUCAUUUCCGGCUCUCACGACAGCCUUAGCUCAUUUGAACUUUUCCAUACAGAAAUCAGCGGAAUUCAGGAGCUCCGCAAUCAACCUGAGCCGCGUACCCUGGAUCUAACGCUCCAUGACUCGGGCCUUUUGUACAAACGUUUUCGGAAAGAUAUGUCUUUCAUUGUUUCACUGAAGAACAUUCAUACUCUUGGUACGCUGCUACGCAACAUGGCCGAUAUACGCCUUCUGCAAAACCUGCUCAGCGGAGGACUUCGCCCCGUCCGAGACUUCAUUGUGCAUAUGCCACGGAACAUCGAUCUAUUUGACCAGCUCGUCUCUUCUCAUCGCCUCCGAAUCUCCAGGUUACGAAGCAUCGCCCUCCACAUGUGGGACUACCACUCUGAUGACACCAGCGACCAACGCCUACUCAAGUGGUGGAUUGAGAAUCUCAGACAGUGCAUUGAGAUUCGCCGUAUCAUCUUUUGCAUCACGUUGGGUACCAUGAAAAUGGGUGAUCUUGCCGUGUUGAAGGGUUUGAAUGAACUUCUGUCCAAGGGCAGGUUCCCUGCUUUGGAGGCGGUGGUCGUAGCGGUGCAUGCGAAGUGGACGUCGACGGACGUAGCCUCAGUGAAGCGGGAUAUUGAAAAUCAGUUUACUGAUGUUCGAGUUCAUGUGACGGUUACGCGUUGCGAUGGUUGA